AUGGCCAUGAAUAUUUUUACAUCUGCAUUUUUGUUGUCAAUGAUGAUGGAAAAUUAUGAACGUGUUGAACUCUUUGAAACACCCAACACUGUUUAUCUCGAAGUACUUUACUUCAGGGAAAAAAUUAUGGGUAAAACGUUUACAGGAGGAGCAUGCUCAACUGAUCAUGAAAAACGAAUUUCUAAAUCAGUGGCGAUUGUACAAGAUGAUGGAGAAACCUAUCGAGGAAUUAGAAAAACAAUUUCUCUCAUUGGCGAAUUAUUUAAUAAUCCAACGUGUCUUUUCAACAAGCCACAUAAUCUUAAAAUAAAUUUAACAAAUCAUUGGUUACCAGGACAAGUAUUGUCUUUAAAUCAUUACUGUAAAAAAUUAACAGGAAAUUUUGGAGUUUGUCAUCAAUACCAAGUUAGUCACUGCGCUAGUAUGCUUUGUCGCGAUAUGUAUGAUCAAUGUACACAAAUAAAUUGGGGUCCAGCUCUUGAAGGAUCAUGGUGCCAUACUGAUCCUGACAAGAAGUCCAAAGAAAAAAUUGUAUCAUUUAGUAAUACUGAUAAAUAUAAUCAUCAUGAUGAAAUCAAUGUCGAUAAAAUUCUUAGAAAAAUUAGUAAAACAUUUCCAGGAGGAGCAUGUUUAGCUGAUGAUGAACAAAAACUUGAUAAAUCAGUGGCGAUUGUACAAGAUGAUGGAGAAACUUAUCGAGGAAUUAGAAAAACAAUUUCUCUCAUUGGCGAAUUAUUUAAUAAUCCAACGUGUCUUUUCAACAAGCCACAUAAUCUUAAAAUAAAUUUAACAAAUCAUUGGUUACCAGGACAAGUAUUGUCUUUGGAUGAUUACUGUGAAAAAUUAACAGGAAUUUUUGGAGCUUGUUAUUUAGAUGAUUAUGAAGUUAAUUACUGCGUUGAUAUGGUUUGUCGUGACGUGCAAGAUCGAUGUAUGCUUAAAAGCUGGGGACCUGCCCCUGAAGGUUCAUGGUGUAAAAGUGAUAAGACAUUUAAAACAAUGACUUCAUUUGAAUAUCGAGUUGUUAAUUUAACAACACUCGAUGAAAGAUUGUUAAUUGUCGAUAAUUCAUCGAUUCAUCAGUAUGCAGAAUGGGCACCAAAAGGAAAUGGAAUAGUAGUUGUUCAUAAAAAUAAUAUAUUUUAUCGUCCAGAAAUUGAACAAGAAGGUUUUUAUCAAAUAACAAAAAAUGGUGUUGAAAAUUUGAUUUACAAUGGUGUAAGCAAUUCAAAAGAGGCUGGUUCAUGGCUUCCAGCAAUAUCGUUUUCACCAAGUGGUAAAUUUAUGGCAUUUGGAUCCUAUGAUGAUUCAAACGUUGGAAUAAUUGAUAUUCCAGUUUAUGGAAAUAUAAGUGAUAAUUUAUCAUAUCAAUAUCUACGAUUAAAUUCAUACCGCUAUUCACAGGCAGGGAGUAUGAUGUCAAUAUCAGGCAUAUUUUAUGUUGAUUUACAAUUAGUGGCUGAAAAUUAUGGAACAAAAAUCGAGCCAAUUAGAAUAAAACAACCAUCUGGACUUACAAAUAAUAAUACAAUAUUUUAUAGUAUUGAUUUACCAAAUGAUAAUAUUAUUAUAGUUAGUUGGAGUAAUAGAAUUCGAAAUGAACUCUAUGUUGUAACUCAUAAUAUUGAAAAAUCAAUUGACAAAACGGUGUUUAAAAUUGUGCAAAAAAAUGGCUGGAUAAGCUCAAGUACUUAUCCAUAUUUUAACAACAAUGCAACUGAAUUUUUAAUAAUUUUACCACAAAAACAAUUUGAUAAUGAUUAUUGGAAUCAUUUGGUGAUGGUGAAGAUUAAUGAAAUUGAUGGUAAUUCUGUAAUGUAUCCUCUGACAUCUGGAAGAUUUGUUGUUACGAAUAUUGUUGAAUGGGAUGUAGAAAAAUCACUUGUAUAUUAUCUUGCAACAGUAGCUGAUGAUCCAUCUCAACAACAAUUUUAUCGUUCAUCAACAUUAGAUAUAAAUUCAAGGCCAGAGUGUCUAAGUUGCAAUAUUAAAAGUGAAAAUAAGGGCUUACCUUGUUUGUACAAUGAGGCAUUAAUGUCACCAUCAAGAGAAAAAUUUGUUUUAAAAUGUGGUGGUCCUGAUGUUCCUCAUAUUUCCAUCUACAAUACUAAUGAUUCUACCAAAAUAAUGACUUGGAAUGAUAAUAUUAAAAUUGCAAAAUUAAUGAAUGACACAGCUCAGCCAAUUGUGAUGAAAUUAAAAGUACCUAUAUCAAAUGAUUUUGAAGCUGAUGUUAAAUUAUUCAUUCCACCAGAUGCAGAUUUAAAUGGCUCAAUUAAAUAUCCUCUUUUAAUUUAUGUAUAUGCAGGACCAGGAUCUUUUCAAGUUACUGAGGAAUUUAACGUUGAUUGGGGAACAUAUUUAGUAACAAAUAAAAAUUUUAUUUAUGCUGUAAUUGAUGGACGUGGAUCUGGAAGAAGAAGUAAUUCAUUGCUAUUUUCUGUAUACAGAAAUUUAGGAACUGUUGAAAUUUAUGAUCAAAUUAAUGUUACCAGAUAUUUGCAGAAUAAAUUUCCAUUUAUUGAUGAAAAAAAAACUGCAAUUUGGGGAAUGAGUUAUGGGGGAUAUGCUGCUGGUAUGAGUAUGGCAUUGGAUGAUAAAAAUACAUUUAAAUGUGGAAUUUCAAUUGCUCCAGUAACUGAUUGGAGAUUAUACAACGCAAAGUAUACAGAAUCUUACAUGGGUCUUCCAUCUUUAGAUGAUAAUUAUGAUGGUUAUGAGCAAGCACAACUUAUAAACAAAGCUAAAAAUAUCAAAUCAAAUAGUUACUAUUUAAUUCAUGGUACUCUUGAUGACAUUGUACAUUAUCAACAUUCUUUAUUACUUGCUAAUGAAUUAGAAAAAAACAAUAUCAUUUUUCGACAACAGGUAUACACAAAUGAAAAUCAUGGUAUUGUGAAUUUCAGGAAACAUCUGUAUUUAUCAAUGUUCAAUUUUCUUGAUGAGUGUUUACAUAAACCUGAAUAA